AUGUGGAUCGGACGGAUCGCGAUCGAGUUGCAAGUGUGGACAGUGUUGCGGUUGGAUCGCGAUCCAGUUGCCAGUGUGGACAGUCCUCAAGAUGUCAAAGAAAUGAGCAGCGUGAGGAAACAGGCGAGAAAUCGGUGGGAUGGGCCAACCGCAUGUUCAGACCCGUCUAGUGCGUAUUCUCAGCCGGAAUGUUUUGAAACGGAGGAUAACCUUAGUGAGUCACUUGCUGUGAGGCUUUGGGCUAUUACCCAAGGUAAAAGGAGACUGAAGCCUGAAGCAUCAAGCUGUGCUGGUGAUUUGUGUACUAGGAAGCUAUUGAGAGGAUUGCAACGUGACAAUGUGAGAAAGUCAACAAGUACGGAAGGGGAGAGAAGGCUGAAAGAAAGCGUGAGAAAUGAAGGGUAA